GCCAUGCAGUCAUAGUUUCAUGUUUAUACUUGCCUUCUCUCUUCUCUUGAGGGCGUCAUUGUCGAGAAAGAAGUUAUUUAUUUGACAGAGACAAAGGGUGUGAAACUUUACUGGACUGUGACUCAGUCAUAUACAAGAACUGUAGGAUGUCUCUGAAAAUGUCUCAGGGCGAGGGGGUGACAGUGAUCACCUUCAGCUCAAAUUCCAACAGCAAAUGGCCGAUACUGUGUCAGAUCCUGGGCACUCUGUGUAACAGUCCAUUGUGUGCAGUAUCACAGCAUAUGAAAGCCAAGAUGACGGGCGUCCAUACUGCGCUUGGGAUUGAGCAGAUUUUAGUAGGAAUCCUCUAUAUCGUGGCAGAGAGUGUAUUUGUAAGAUUUACAUCCAACAAAGUGAUAGUUGAUGCUCCAUUUUGGUUCGGUGGUGUGUUCAUUGUGGUUGGAAUCGUGUCUGUUCCUGCAGCUCAGUUUCCCAGUACUUUUCAUCUGCUCGGCGCUGUGGUGUUGAACAUAUUCAGCACUUUUCUGGCUGUGAUAGGACUUGCACUGCAUUCAUGUGACUUGAGUGUAGUUCUGGACAGCAAGGAGAUGAUCCGUGAAGCAAUGGAUGUCAUUAUGAUGAUCUGUUCAGCUCUUCAGAUUGGUUUGACCCUCAGUUUCGCUGUCUUGACUGUGAAAUUGUUUGACACAAAUUCUGUGGAGGACCCUCACAUAUACAAGCCACUUAAAGAAGAUGUCACUGUCAGUCAUGUAUGUUAGAGAGACCACGUAAAAAAUGAAAUAUACUAUGUUAAUGGAACUAGUAUUGUUUUGUACAAGUACAGUUUAUUCUCACUUGUGUAAUAGCAAAUCUUCUCUGUCAUCAGCACCACUAUCAUCAUGUUAAUUGUUUAUUCUUGCUGUUUAUUUUUUUUUUUUCCCUUUACCUUAAACUUUUGUUACAUUUCACAAAAUAUGGCACUUUUGUAAUGUUCAGUUUCGUUUUCAUGGACAUUUAGUUUGUAUGUGCCUGUUUCCCUGAGCCUUAGUUCCUGUUAACCUUUUUCCACAUAUCCUGUUUGUUUCUAUAAACUAAAAGGUUUUUUUUUAGUUCAACAUAAACUAACGUUCCAUUUUCAUGAUUUUUACACCGUUUUCAGGUUAGGAAACCAUUUACCUCACACUAUUAGCAUACAAACUAUAGCAUAAUGUUUUCAUUGUUCAUGUUAACAUACUAUUUCUAUGACAAAUCUCUGAAUAAUGUUACAAAAGAUUUCUGUUUUAAAUAAAUGCUGUUCUUUUGAGCUUUC